GCGGGGAUAAGGGCGCGGCGGGAGGCUGGCCAGGGCCCCGCGAUGUCACUAGUGCUGCUGAGCCUGGCCGCGCUGUGCUGGGGUGCCGUGCCCCAAGAGCCGACGAUUCAGUGUGGCUCUGAAGCCGGACCGUCUCCAGAGUGGAUGGUUCAACACACUCUGACCCCAGGAGACUUGAGGGACCUCCAGGUGGAACCUGUUAAAAGCAGGGUUGCAACAGAGGACUAUUCAGUUUUGAUGAACAUAAGCUGGAUACUCCGGGCAGAUGCCAGCAUCCGCUUUUUGAAGGCCACCAAGAUCUGCGUGACAGGCAAAAGCAACUUCCAGUCCUACAGCUGCGUGAGGUGCAAUUACACAGAGGCCUUCCAGACUCAGACCAGACCCUCUGGCGGCAAAUGGACGUUUUCCUACAUAGGCUUUCCUGUGGAGCUGGACACACUCUAUUUCAUUGGGGCCCAUAAUAUCCCCAAUGCAAAUAUGAAUGGAGACGGCCCCUCCCUGUCUGUGAAUUUCACCUCACCAGGCUGCCUAGACCAUGUAAUGAAAUACAAAAAAAAGUGCAUCGAGGCAGGAAGUCUGUGGGAUCCAAACAUCACUGCUUGUAAGAAAAACGAGAAGAUGGUGGAAGUGAAUUUUACAACCAGUCCCCUUGGAAACAGAUACAUGGCUCUUAUCCAAAAUAACACCGUAAUUGGGCUUUCUAAUGUGUUGGAGAACAAACUGACUCGCACUUCUGUGGUGAUUCCAGUGACUGGGGAAAGUGAAGGUGCUGUGGUCCAGCUGACUCCGUAUUUCCAUACCUGUGGCAGUGACUGCAUCCGACGCAGAGGAAUCGUGGUGCUUUGCCCACACACAGGGGCCUCCUCCCCUCCAGACAACAGCAGAAGCGUGCUGGGUGGCUGGCUGCCGUUCCUCCUCCCAGCUCUGCUGGUGGCCACGUGGGUGCUGGCGGUCGGGAUCUAUCUCACGUGGAGGCAUGAAAGGAUCAAGAAGACUUCCUUCCCUACUACCGCGCUACUGUCCCCCAUUAAGGUUCUUGUGGUUUACCCAUCUGAGAUAUGUUUCCAUCACACAGUCUGUUACUUCACUAAAUUUCUUCAAAACCAUUGCAGAAGUGAGGUUAUCCUUGAAAAGUGGCAGAAAAAGAAAAUAGCUGAGAUGGGUCCAGUGCAGUGGCUUACCACUCAAAAGAAAGCAGCGGAUAAAGUCAUCUUCCUUCUUUCUAAUAACGUCAACAACGUGUGUGAUGGUACCUGUGGCAAGAGCGAGGGUAGCCCCCAUGAGAACUCCCAAGACCUGUUCCCCCUUGCCUUUAACCUCUUCUGCAGUGAUCUGAGAAGCCAGAAUCACCUGCACAAAUACAUGGUGGUCUAUUUUAGAGAGGCUGAUACCAAAGAUGAUUACGACGCGCUCCAUGUCUGCCCCAAGUACUGCCUCAUGAAAGACGCUGCUGCUUUCUGCACAGAACUGCUCCAUGUUGAGCAGCAUGUGUCAGUGGGAAAAAGGUGGCGAGCCUGCCACAACAGAUGCUCUGCCUUGUAGCCCACCCAUGAGAAGCAAGAGACCUUGAAGCCUUCCUACCCCUCCAAUUACAGGGAAAAAAAGCACCUGUGAUGAUUCUCAAGUUUAUUACAUGGGCUACUUGGAGGGAAGAUUUUACAUAUAUACACCUGUGUGUAUAUAAUACACACACCUGCUUUAGCAAUAGGAAUAAGGAGGAUUCAUAACUGAAUACAUAUGCCUUAGUGUAGUAAUUUAAAAUUUUUAUGCCAAUAAAGUUGUUACAAAUAUUACUAACUACUUGCAGCAUUAAAUAAAGAAUGGAGACUACAUUUAUAAUUAUAAAGCUAAAUCAAUUUCAUGCCUAAAAAUCAAGAAUAGUUAUAAUGUAAACUAUAACCAUUCUGAUAAUGCAAUGAUAAAGCACCUUCCAGCCCAACAACCAGUCUUGAAUAAUCCAUGCACUGCAGCAUUGUAGGUAGAAUUACUUAGCUCUGUAACAUUUCUAAGCUGAAUUAAUGAAUACCAGAUUUAACAAGCUGUCGCUAAUUCACUCAGUAACUUCUUAGGUGAAAAACCAUCUAUUAUACACACGUCUUUAUUUUUAAGAUAAGGAACACAGGAAAUAAGCUGAACUCAUCUUUGUCAACCAGAUGACCUAGUAUACGUGUAACCACUUGGAUUAUCUGGUAUCUGCAUAGGACGUUCCCUUCUGAACCAGAGCUGUGUCCUAUCUGACCCUUGUACAGGCAACUUUAACAUGAACACCAAAAUACCUUACUUGCAGACCUGAUGUCUACUUGUGCCCAAAGUUACCUAUUAGAGGUCACUAUCACAGUUCAGAGUUUCUUGGUUAUUACAUAACUUUUCAUGUUCAAAACAAAAAUAAUUCCUGUUAUGUUGGAUGUUAGCCCUCUUGAAGUAAUCUUUUUGUAAAUGAGUUAUUAUAAUGGUUUACUUAAGUAAAAACAGAAACUACCUAAGUUACAGAACACAGAGAUACGUGGUAUUUUAAGCCUUCCAAUUUUUUAUUUUCCUAAAAGCAUCUUCUCCUUACUGCUGAGGUCACCAAAAGGUUGUUAUAUUAACAGAUGUAUUUUUCUAGGAAUGCCUGUCUCUUUCACAUAGUGCAAUACUGAAUCUGCUCUAGAACAUGGAUCAAUUUCAGGUGGAUGACUGUUAAAAUGUAUUUGUAGAUUAUCUCUAAAGGGCCAUACCACUCCUUCGAAUACCUCUUAUGGAUGAAAUAAAAUCAAAAUGAGGCAUAGAGUGAAAACUCACUGUGUUCAGCUUCACAAGCAGAUACUUAAUAAUGGCUGAGGCAAUAUGUUUAAUGUGGUAAAGCUCACUUAUUUGUCAUGAUCACUUUUCACAGUGCUUAUAACAGCUGGUAAUAGAAGAUGGACAUGGCUUAUAUCAAAACUUGGACCAGAAACUAACUUUCUCUGAAACACCAUCUACCAAUUUCAUGUAUGCUAUUAUGUGAAAAACUACUAUAAACAGAAAUACAUUAUGCUUUUGGAACUAGGUAGCCAGUACUACAUUGUGUUGAAACAGCCUAGAAACAUAAACAAAAUCAAUAUUGCAUAAAUUUAAAAAAUCAAAGUACAAUUUUCAGAUUAAAGGCACACAUUCCAAACAGUACUAGCAAGUUAAAAUUUUGUUAUUCUGGUGGACUGUUCUUUGAUCCUAACCUGAGCAGAUAUGUAGGCUACUCCUAUUUAUGCAAAAUGCUCCAAUACCAGCAUUUUUCCAUAUCCUAAGACUUCUAAACAUCCUUUUUUUUUUUUUU